GAGUGUGUUGAAGCCUUUAAAUUGUGGACAACUUCCAAUAGAUGUGAGUGACAAAGAGAGACUGAGAAACACAAUUAGGGAAAAAAGUCCUGAGGUUGAAAGGAGAGAAGAAGAGGAAGAAAAAGAAGAAGAAAUGAAGGACUUGGCGCAGUCAGUAGAAGUUGGGGUGUUUCAGCAGAGGGGAGGUAAAGUAACUCGACCAAAAGUUUGGCUAAAGAAUGAACUCAUUCGUGUGGGACUUGCUGAAUCACUUAGCACAUAUGUCAUGAUGUCAUUGGGCUUGGGGUCUGUGGCCCAGGUAGUGACCGGUCAGGGAGCUUUUGGACAGUACCUCAGCAUCAACCUGGGUUUUGGACUGGCUGUUGCCAUGGGGUCUCAUGUUGGAGGGAAGAUCUCGGGGGCUCAUAUGAACGGAGCCGUAUCAUUCACAAUGUGUGUGUUUCGCCGCCUCCCGUGGAAGAUGCUACCUCUUUAUAUUUCGGCACAGCUAUUGGGGUCAUUUCUGGCAGCAGGAACAAUUUAUGCUGUCUACUAUGAAGCCAUUCAUGACUACUGUGGAGGGAACCUGACUGUGACUGGUGAGAAGGCCACAGCUGGUAUCUUUGCCACCUAUCCUGCUCCAUACCUCUCUCUGAUAGCUGGAUUUUUUGACCAGGUAUUUGGCACAGCGAUGCUACUACUGUGCCUUAUGGCUCUAUCUGACCAGAAGAACAAACCAGCGCCAGCAGGAAGUGAGCCUGCAUUUGUGGGUUUCCUGGUGCUUCUCAUUGGCAUUUCUUUGGGUAGCAACAGUGGCUAUGCCAUCAACCCCACCAGAGACAUCGCACCCAGGGUUUUCACUGCCAUGGCAGGCUGGGGAACUGAUGUGUUCAGGGUUGGAAAUGGAUGGUGGUGGGUGCCUCUAGUUGCCCCCCCUAUUGGAGGAGUCCUUGGAGCAGGGCUAUACAAGGCUGUUGUGGAACUGCAACACCCACACCUCUCUGAAGCAGGUGGAGAGAUGGUUGAAGAAGCUGUCCCUCUGGAUAAAGAGAUAAAUACCAGUGAAAAUGUGUGUGUGUGACACCCUAGCUAAGUUGACAGCUAAGUGAAUAGCUCUAUGAAGAUGCAACAUUCAAUGAAGGUAAAGGGUUAAAAAGCCCAAAACUAACUUGUUAGAUGGGAGACAGAAGACGAUUAGCAAACAGGGAGUGAAAUAAAGAUUUGUUUAAAUCAAAAAUGCUCACCGUGUUUUACACAAUUUCAACAUCAACUUAAGCUGGGUGUGGUGAAUUAAUUUUCCCAAGUGGCAACAUGGGAAACUGAGACUGUUGUGGAGGGCCGCACCAAUAAGAUGAACUCAUUUCUGCUCAAUAUUAAUUAUUCCUUUAUAAGCUGCUGCUGGUAAGAGUAGAUGUUACAAUUAGGCCCUAAUUGUGGUCUCUUGGGAAAAUUAAUUGCCCAUCCCUGACUUAUUCUUCUAGAGUUAGUGUAAAUGAUAGACUACAAUACAUAUAAAAUAUACACUAUUAGACAUUUUGACUCACUGUGCUCGUUACUAUACGCUACAAUAAAAAGGUUUAAGACAAACAUAGGGUCACUUUAGAG